AUGGAAUUCGGUGACUAUCACUUUGAACACUUUCUACAAGGUCACAAGAGUCAGCUGGAGGCGGGCGGAAUACCACCGGAGUUGUGGGGAAGUCUUUACUCGAAGCUGAUGCAGCAGGUCAGUGACAACACUAACGUCUUUGGUCCGAGCUGUCGUAUAUUUAGAACGGAUGUCGCAGUGCUGAGGAUACUCGAUCACGCAUGGACGUUCCGGCCUCUCCACGCUCGAGCCCAGUUGGAAGAAUUACCGCAGCUAGUUGAACGAAUGAAAAGCUUACUUGAUAUAGAGGGUGAUGACGAGUGUAAUGAAUCUGUUGGAGAAAAUGAGAUAACCAGUGACGAACAAGAGCGACUAAAGGUUGAACAGCAAUUACAAGCGUCUUCGAAUAGUUGUGAGCUUCUUUUGUGUUGGACGCGUCUUCAUGUACUUGGUUGUCCUUUAAUUCUUCUUUUAGCCGCUCCUCUACCUCGGCUGGAGUCUGUCGACGCUAGUCUUUGCUACACUGUCAAAGAUAAUAGUUCUGUUGUUGACGAAAUACUUCAAAAAAUGUGGAAAUAUAUCCAGACUUACACCAUUAAAUAUAAGCAGGAAAUGGAUGAAGAAAGUUUGCCACUGUGGUAUAUUAUGGAUGAGUUCGGCGUACGAAUUUCUCAUUCGGACAGACCUAACGUCCGAGUUGUCCCCUUAUACUUCGUUCCUCAUAAUGCUGCCUACAGCGUGAUCUUCCUCAUAAAACCUGUUGCAGACGGUGAAGAGAUUUGUCGAGACUUCGCCGACCACGUGAUCAGUCGAGAGCAUCCAGAAUGGAGAGAUUUUCUUAUGUUGCCAUGGGUGGAGAUGGAACUUGAACAUUUAGGAGACAUUCGACGUGAACCACCUGAUGAAGACUUCUUCCUUUCUGGUCGUACAGUCGAUGUCGUGCCAUCAGAAUCAGCUCAGAAAGUGGCAGCUACAGUACUAGAACGACGUAACUUGUCCGGUCCACUUCGAAUAUUUGCUGAUGAACUCCAACUGAUUGAGAAUCUAAAGGAAGUUGACUAUGUUGAAGUCAGCGAUUGGCGAAAUGCUGAUGUAAUAUGGUUGAGGAGGCAUUUCAGCGAAUUUGUUCAAGCUUGUGAGGAAAACCCUGGUGUGCUUAUUAAUCAGUUUCCAUACGAGAGUUGUAUCACUGUAAAAGAUCUGCUAUCGGCAAUUCUCAUGAACCAGGACUCCGAAGAUGGGCAAUCGUGGUACCAGACGUGCUUCAACUUAUACACGGAGCUACCUCAGUUUGUUUCAUAUUAUCUUCGUAGAAAAGCCAGUGGCCUCGAUAAUACAUGGAUAAUCAAACCAUGGAAUUUGGCUCGCAAUAUGGAUAUUCAUGUUUCUAACGAUCUCGGCCAAAUUAUUCGUCUAAUGGAGAGUGGGCCAAAGCGUCCCGUGCUGUUCAAUCGUGUUGACAAUAACUGUAUGGUGAAAUUCGAUCUGCGUUUCAUCAUGUUUGUAACUGACGUCCGACCACUACGUGCUUUCGUCUAUAAUAACUUCUGGAUUCGUUUUGCCAUUAAUGAAUUUUCUAUGCAUCGCCUAGACGACGUGGAUACCCAUUUCACUGUUUUUAACUAUACGGAUGACGAAAAAGUUUUAAGGAUGAAUUGUGAUGACUUCGUGAAGCGAUUUGAAGAUACAUACGUUUGGAUCAAAUGGAGUGAUAUUCAAAGUAAAAUAAUGGUUGUCCUCAGGAAAGCUGUAGAAGCUGCGUGUCUCUUUGAUCCACCUCGCGGUAUCGCUAAAAAUGUUCAGUCAAGGGCAAUGUAUGGGGCUGAUAUCAUGCUUCAGUGGAGUGAUUCAGGGGCAGUUCAUUUGAUUAAUAUUACAGAAGAAAGAGAGAUCCUUGCAACACUUUUGGAAUUCAACUUCAUGCCCGAUUGUGAGCGGGCUUGCCGUUAUUAUCCUGAUUUCGCAGACACUGUAUUUCAAACGUUGUUUCUCAACAAUAUCAACAAGGAUAAAGUCACGGAGAUCUAA